AGCGAAAAAAGUCUGAAUAUAUGCCUUGAAAAUCAAAAUUCCCGAAAUUCAAUUCGGAAGCCCCUCGUCACUGUCCGUCUGUUUUCUCAGCAAUUCAAAUUCUCAGUUUUUCUAGGGUUGCGUUUGGGAAUGGACGGCGAGGAGUUGACUGAGCAGGAGACUGCACUUUACGAUCGCCAAAUUAGGGUUUGGGGCGCUGGUGCCCAAAGAAGGCUUAGCAAAGCUCAUGUAUUGGUCUGUGGAAUUACUGGAACUAUUGCCGAGUUUUGCAAGAACAUUGUCCUAGCCGGAGUUGGUAGUUUGACACUGGUGGAUGAUCGGGUAGUGAACGAAGAUGCACUUUCUGCCAACUUUUUGAUACCUUCUGAUGAAAAUGUGUAUGCUGGAAAAACUCUGACUGAGCUUUGCCGUGAUUCUCUGAAAGAUUUCAAUCCAAUGGUUCGUGUUUCUGUAGAAAAAGGUGACUUGUCAAACUUUGGGUCAGAGUUCUAUGGUAAAUUUGAUGUCGUCGUUGUCAGCUGUUGUUCCUUCACAACUAAAAAAUUGAUCAAUGAAAAAUGCCGAAAGUCCUCGAAGCGUGUAGCGUUUUAUACAGUUGAUUGUAGAGACUCCUGUGGUGAAAUAUUUGUUGAUCUGCAACACCAUAAAUAUUCGAAGAAAAAAAAUGAGGAAACAAUCGAAUGCGAACUACAUUAUCCAAGCUUUGAGGAAUCAAUUUCUGUACCUUGGAAAUCAUUUCCCAGGAGAUUCUCAAAGCUAUACUUUGCUAUACGAGUAAUUGAAAGGUUUGAAGAAGCCGAGCAACGUAAACCUGGAGAGUUAUCGAUUGCAGAUCUUCCUGCUGUUCGGAAGCUGAAAAAAGAACUCUGUGAAGCACAGUCACUGAAUGAGUCUCAUAUUCCAAAUGCGCUCCUGGAAAGAUUGGUGACAGAUACAAGAGAGUUUCCUCCAGUUUGUCCCAUCAUUGGAGGGAUUCUUGGGCAGGAGGUAAUUAAGACAAUAUCAGAGAGAGGAGACCCUGUCAAGAAUUUCUUCUUCUUCGAUGCUAUGGAUGGAAAGGGCAUAAUCGAGGACGUAUCAGGGAACCCGUGAAUGCAAGCAGCCUUGCAGAGGAAAAGCUUUGACAUUUCAAAGAACAUGGGAAGUACGAGACUACCUAAUUGCAAUCAUGCAGCAACAGGUUGUUAGUGAUAGAAUUUUAAGAGAGUUGACCCCUUUUCAUGGAUACUGAUCUUGCGUAUAACGUAGUUUCAUACAUAUUCUACGUUGACAGAUUCGGAUGUAUGUUUUCACUUCUUUGUUUAUUUGAUUACCCAAAUUUCAGACCCUACAAAGUCGAGUCGAUGGAGCGUAGCUUUUUCGUGCUGUAUCUUUUGAAGGGAAAAUUGAAAAUUCAAGAGUGGAGCUAUAUAGAAUGAGGGUAGGGACCUGGAGUUAGUCAUCAGGAAUCAGGUCAUAUGGGUGGUGGGGAUAUGGAAGGAGCAAUCAAUUGUGUCUGGUAAAGUAAAAGAAGGAAAAGGGAAUGCAAAAGUUAAUAUCAUUAUAGCUGCUUAUUGAUUCAAUGAACAAAAUAAUAAAAAUCUGCUUUUUGG